ACCUGAACCCACCAUGGCCAUGCCCACACCAUGCCCUUGGUGGCUGCCAGCCCUUGGCACCAGGUUUGCAUCACUUCUGCUUUCGACACCCGGCUCAACCAAAGCCACCAGUGGGGCUGAGCCAUCCAUGGAACUCCCACUGGGCACCGGGACACAAGGCAGGGGUGAAGCACCCCUUUUGGGGGGCACCCCCAUCCCCACCGCCCUGCCCAGCCCUUGGGGGCUCAGAGGGCACCUUGGAGCCUGCACAUGGCCCGGUCCUUGUGGCCCCGCUCCCGAGUGACGUCCUCCCCACGCAGGGCUCUGAAACCACAGCAGCUCUUCCGUGCUGCCUCCCCUUCCCUUCCCUUCCCCUCCCUGCACAGGCAGAGGUGCCCGCGGUGCCCCUCGGCUCUCGGCAUCGCCCAACCUGGGGCUGGACCCGCUCCGGUGCUGGUGAUUCCCACCGGAGCCACAGCUCCGGGUCCCACCGCGGCCCCCGGCAGAGGUCCCAUGGCGCCGGGCUGGGCCGUGUUGGUGCUGCUGGUGCUGAGCACCCUGCGGGUGUGCGGGGCCGCACCUCAGCACCAGGGUGUGCAAUGGGUCUGGGGGGUGCGGGAUGAGGCCCCGCUGCUCACCCGUGGGAAGAGGGACGAUGUCGGGAAGCAGCUCAGUGCCCCCGCACCAGGACAUGGCCACGGUGCCACCGCGAUGCCCAGCAGCAACGAGACCGAUUCCCUUGAGCCCAACCCGUUUAUGGGCUCUGAACCAGCACCAGCAGCACCCGGCACCAGUGCCAGCCUGCACCGGGCACUGGUGAUGCCAACCACGGCUGAUCCCUUGGAUGAGACCGAUUCCCCUGAGCCUGACUCAUUGCAGAGCUCCGCACCACCACCAGCAGCACCCAGCACCAACGCCAGCCUGCACCAGGCACCAGCAGUGCCAACCACAGCCGAUCCCCUGGAUGACACCGAUAACCCCAAACCCGACCCAUUGCUGAGCUCUGCACCACCAGCAGCACCCAGCACCAGCGCCGGCCUGCACUGGGCACUGGUGGUGCCAACCACAGCCAAUCCCUUGGAUGAGACCGAAACCCCGGAGCCCAACACGCUGCCGCCAGCAGAGCCGGGCACACAGGCAGCACCCAAGCAGGGCAUCACCACCAUCCCCAUCCACCUCGUGUCACCCAGUGAGGAGGGGACGGUGCCCAUCGGCACAAACAGCAGCUCCUCCAUGGGGCCGCGCUCAGCGACACCCCCAGCCCUCGGUGCCACCACCACCGGCUACAAGGGAGCCGGAGCCCGCCCUGUACCCACCCAUCGGGGCUCGCAGCCAUGGGGGACGGCGGAGCCGGUGCCCUGGGACCCCAGCGGGGUGAUGGGCAAGUGCCUGCUGAGCAUCCUGCUGCUGGCGCUGGUGGCCGCCACCUUCAUGGCGUGCACGGCGGUGCUGGGGGCCCUGCUGUGGCGCCGGACGCGCACGGCGCGGCGCCGGCUCAGCCGCACCGAGAUGCUCUGCAUCCCCUCGCUGAUGCCCGACGGCGACGGAGCCACCAACGGCCCCCGGCCCGCCCUGGUCCGGCCCCCGAGGAUGCUGCUCGAUGGUGGCCCCGAGGCCGAUGGUGACAACCUGACUCUGAGCAGCUUCCUGCCCGAGCACGCCUGAGCUGCGGGACCGGGUCCUGCAUCCCAGAGCAUCCUCAGCUGCGGGACCGGGUCCUGCAUCCCAGAGCAUCCUCAGCUGCGGGACCGGGUCCUGCAUCCCAGAGCAUCCUCAGCUGCAGGACCGGGUCCUGCAUCCCAGAGCAUCCUCAGCUGUGGGACCGGGUCCUGCAUCCCAGAGCAUCCUCAGCUGUGGGACCGGGUCCUGCAUCCCAGAGCAUCCUCAGCUGUGGGACCGGGUCCUGCAUCCCAGAGCAUCCUGAACCGUGGGACCGGGUCCUGCAUCCCAGAGCAUCCUCAGCUGCGGGACCAGGUCCUGCAUCCCAGAGCAUCCUCAGCUGUGUCUGCACUGUGGUACCCAUCCUGGUGCUGCCACAUGUGUGGAGC